GCCUGUUCAGUCUCCGGCGACAGCAGCAGGCGCGCAUCUCCGCGCGCGGCUCCAGCUGCGCCGGUAGCGGCGGGCCAGGAUGGGCGGGCGGUCGCGCGGGAGACUGGGGGAGCUCGCGACGUGACCAGCCUGCACGCGGAGCCCGCCCGCCCGCCACCUUGCUGGGUAGAGAGUUUGCCGGGUGGGCUCGGACCCCGCCGGAGCAUGCUGGUCGCGGCUUGCGCGGAUGGGGGGCGCGCGGGGCAGCUGUGGCCGCGGCCCUCCGCCCCGGGCGCGUCCCCGCCGCCGACACCGCCGCCGCUGCCGCGGUUGCUUCUGCUGCUGCUGCUGCCGGCUGUGCUGCUGGGUUGCGCUGGCGCGCAGUACUCCAGCGACCUGUGCAGCUGGAAGGGGAGUGGGCUGACACAUGAAGCACACAAGAAGGAGGUGGAGCAGGUGUACCUGCGCUGCUCAGCCGGCUCUGUGGAGUGGAUGUAUCCAACAGGGGCGCUCAUUGUGAACCUGAGGCCUAACACCUUCUCACCCUCCCGACACCUGACUGUGUGCAUCAAGCCUUUCAGGGACUCCUCGGGGGCUAAUAUUUAUCUGGAAAAAACUGGAGAACUGAGACUGUUGGUGCGGGAUGGAGACAGUGAGCCCAGCCGGGUGCAGUGCUUCAGCCUGGAGCAAGGAGGCCUAUUUGUAGAGGCGACGCCCCAGCAGGACAUCAGCAGGAGGGCCACAGGCUUCCAGUAUGAGCUGAUGAAUGGGCGCCAGGCGCUGGAUCUGCAUGUGCUGACCGCCCCUUGCCGCCCUUGCAGUGAUACUGAAGUCCUCCUCGCCGUCUGCACCAGUGACUUUGUUGUCCGAGGCUCCAUCCAGGAUGUCAUCCAUGAACCAGAACGCCAGGAGUCUGUCAUUCACCUGCGGGUGAGCAGACUCUACCGGCAGAAAAGCAGGGUCUUCCAGCCGGCUCCAGAGGGCAAUGGACACUGGCAGGGCCACGUCACAACGCUGCUGGAGUGUGGUGUGCGGCCGGGCCAUGGGGACUUCCUCUUCACUGGUCAUAUGCACUUUGGGGAGGCACAGCUUGGCUGUGCCCCUCGCUUCAGUGACUUCCAAAGGAUGUACAGGGAUGCAGAGGAGAGAGGGCUGAACCCCUGUGAGAUUGGCACAGAGUGACCAUGGGCCUGGGUGCUGCCCACCUUCUCCUGAUGAACUCCUGCUGGCCGCUGGGGGCUGUAAGCUAGGGCUGUGGGCCAGGUGGUAUUCUGGCCUGGUGCUCUGGCUGUGGAGGUACGUGCUGCUCCGACCCCACAAGAUCCCAGCCACGGACAUCCUGACUGAUUGGAAAUGCUGUAAAAUGCAAACUAAGUUAUUAUUUUUUUGUAAAAAAGAAUGUCCAUAGGAAACAUUCCUAUGUCUGAA